UCUGCACCCCAGCCUGCUCCCUUUCAGUUUCUGAUUUCUAAGCCCAUGUGGCAGGGGCCGCCAGAAAAGGAGACGCUUUCCCGAGUGCCGGGCCUUUUUCCCCCUCUGGAAGUAUUCCCCUGUGAGUAUUUGAAUAAAAGCAACCACACGCCAUGGACCUCAUCGGGUUGCUGAAAUCUCAGUUCCUGUGCCAUCUCGUCUUCUGUUACGUGUUUAUCGCCUCAGGGCUAAUAAUAAACACCAUUCAGCUCUUCACUCUCCUUCUCUGGCCAAUUAACAAGCAGCUCUUCAGGAAGAUCAACUGCAGACUUUCCUACUGCGUCUCCAGCCAGCUGGUGAUGUUGCUGGAGUGGUGGUCGGGCACGGAGUGCGUCAUCCACACAGACCCCCAGGCCUACCCCAAGUAUGGAAAGGAAAAUGCCAUCGUGGUUCUGAACCACAAGUUUGAGAUUGACUUUCUCUGUGGUUGGAGCCUGGCCGAACGCUUUGGGGUGUUAGGGGGCUCCAAAGUCCUGGCCAAGAAGGAGCUGGCCUACGUCCCGAUCAUUGGCUGGAUGUGGUACUUCACAGAGAUGGUCUUCUGCACACGCAAGUGGGAACAAGACCGCAAGACUGUCUCAAAGAGCUUACUGCGCCUCCGGGAUUACCCCGAGAAGUAUUUUUUCCUGAUUCACUGUGAGGGCACUCGGUUCACGGAGAAGAAGCACCAGAUCAGCAUGCAGGUGGCCCAAGCCAAGGGGCUGCCCAGCCUCAAGUACCACCUGCUGCCACGCACCAAAGGCUUCGCCAUCACUGUGAGGAGUUUGAGAAAUGUAGUUUCAGCUGUAUAUGACUGUACACUCAAUUUCAGAAAUAAUGAAAAUCCAACACUGUUGGGGGUCCUAAAUGGGAAGAAAUAUCAUGCUGAUUUAUAUGUCAGGCGGAUUCCUCUAGAAGAAGUCCCCGAAGAGGAGGACGAGUGUUCAGCCUGGCUCCACAAACUCUACCAGGAGAAGGAUGCCUUCCAGGAGGAGUACUACAGGACGGGCACCUUCCCAGAGACACCCAUGGUGCCCCCCCGGCGGCCCUGGACGCUCAUCAACUGGUUGUUCUGGGCCUCCCUACUGCUCUACCCUUUCUUCCGGUUCCUCACCAACAUGAUCAGCAGCGGGUCUUCCCUGACCCUGGCCAGCUUCGCCCUCGUCUUCUUUGUGGCUUCUAUGGGAGUUCGAUGGAUGAUCGGUGUGACAGAAAUCGACAAGGGCUCUGCCUACGGCAACAUCGACAGCAAGCAGAAACGGAGCGACUGACCCCAGACACAUGAGCGCCCAGAGGGGCCCUUGGGGACUGGUGGACACUGCCAGCCACCCUUAGUGGGACCCGGGGACAAAGCAGGGCGAGCCCCUGCUGGGCAGGCAGUUCGGUCCCCAUGCCAGAUGGGGAGGAAGAUGUUCUUAAAUCUU